CUCCAGCAUGAGCGGCGGCAGCGGGGGCGGCUCCUCGGCACCCGGCCGCUUCGCCGACUACUUCGUGAUCUGUGGGCUGGACACCGAGACCGGUCUGGAGCCGGACGAGCUCUCCGCUUUAUGCCAGUAUAUACAGGCCUCUAAAACCCGAGAUGGUGCCAGCUGUUUCAUUUCAAGUGCAACAGAAGGGGAGAACUUUGAUCAGACUCCGUUAAGACGCACAUUUAAGUCCAAAGUUCUUGCUCGCUAUCCUGAGAAUGUUGAAUGGAACCCUUUUGAUCAGGAUGCAGUGGGAAUGCUGUGUAUGCCUAAAGGGCUUGCUUUCAAGACACAAGCAGAUUCUAGAGAACCUCAGUUCCACUCUUUUAUUAUCACUCGUGAAGAUGGCUCACGGACAUUUGGAUUUUCUCUCACGUUUUUUGAGGAAGUUACUAGCAAGCAGAUCUGCAGUGCAAUGCAGACAUUGUAUCAUAUGCACAACGCUGAAUAUGACAUUCUUCAUACUCCACCCACAAAUGACAAAGAUAGCUGCAGCAGCACUGGAGACUGCAACGGCACUUCCAUUUCAAAGCUACAGCGCUUUAACUCGUAUGACAUUAGCAGAGACACGCUCUAUGUCUCAAAGUGCAUUUGUUUGAUUACUCCGAUGUCUUUCAUGAAAGCUUGUAAGAAAGUACUAGAACAACUUCACCAAGCAGUGACUUCUCCUCAGCCACCACCUCUACCUUUAGAAAGCUACAUCUACAAUAUUCUCUAUGAGGUUCCUCUUCCUCCAGCAGGAAGGUCAUUAAAAUUUUCAGGAGUUUAUGGACCAAUUAUAUGCCAGAGGCCAAGCACCAAUGAACUACCAUUAUUUGAUUUCCCGGUUAAAGAAGUAUUUGAGUUGCUUGGAGUCGAAAAUGUGGUUCAACUCUUUACCUGUGCUCUCUUGGAAUUUCAGAUACUGCUUUAUUCACAGCAUUAUCAGAGACUGAUGACUGUGGCAGAGACCAUUACAGCACUAAUGUUUCCAUUUCAGUGGCAGCAUGUGUAUGUUCCUAUCCUUCCUGCAUCGCUCCUUCACUUUCUAGAUGCUCCUGUCCCUUAUCUGAUGGGCUUGCACUCCAAUGGGCUGGAUGACAGGUCUAAGCUGGAGCUUCCUCAAGAGGCUAACCUUUGCUUUGUGGAUGUAGACAACCAUUUCAUCGAGCUGCCAGAAGACUUGCCCCAGUUCCCAAAUAAGCUUGAGUUCGUACAGGAAAUUUCGGAGAUACUAACAGCUUUUGGAAUUCCUCCUGAGGGAAAUCUUCAUUAUAGUGAAAGUGCUUCAAAGAUGAAGAGCCUCAGAACAUGUGACCUGGUUUCUGAUAAAAGAAAUGGGAACGUAGCAGGAUCACCUUUGAAUUCCUAUGAGCUGCUAAAGGAAAAUGAGACCAUUGCAAGACUCCAAGCACUGGUUAAAAGAACAGGUGUGAGCCUAGAAAAGCUGGAGGUGCGAGAGGAGACCAGCAGCAAAAAGGAUCUUAAAAUUCAAUGCGAUGAAGAGGAAUUCAAGAUUUACCAGCUGAAUAUUCAAAUCCGUGAAAUUUUUGCCAACCGCUUCACACAGAUGUUUGCGGAUUAUGAAGUAUUUGUCAUUCAACCCAGUCAGGACAAGGAAUCUUGGUUUACCAACAGGGAACAGAUGCAAAACUUCGAUAAAGCAUCUUUCUUGUCAGACCAGCCUGAGCCUUACUUGCCCUUCCUCUCAAGAUUCCUGGAGACACAAAUGUUUGCAUCUUUUAUUGAUAAUAAGAUUAUGUGCCAUGAUGAAGAUGAUAAAGAUCCUAUUUUGAGAGUAUUUGAUUCAAGAGUGGAUAAAAUUAGGCUGCUGAAUGUUAGAACGCCGACUCUGCGCACAUCUAUGUAUCAGAAAUGCACAACCAUUGAUGAGGCUGAGAAAUCAAUUGAGUUAAGACUAGCAAAAAUAGAUCACACUGCAGUCCAUCCACACUUGCUGGACAUGAAAAUUGGACAAGGGAAAUAUGAACUUGGAUUUUUUCCCAAACUUCAGUCUGAUGUUCUGUCCACUGGACCAGCAAGCAACAAGUGGACGAAGAGAAAUGCUCCUGCACAGUGGAGGAGGAAGGAUAGACAGAAGCAACACACAGAGCACUUGCGUCUUGACAACGAUCAGAGAGAGAAGUAUAUCCAAGAAGCCAGGAACUUGGGCAGCACUAUUCGGCAGCCAAAGCUGUCAAACCUCUCUCCAUCAGUAAUUGCACAAACUAACUGGAAGUUUGUAGAAGGCUUGCUGAAGGAAUGCCGAAAUAAGACCAAGAGGAUGCUAGUUGAAAAAAUGGGACGAGAAGCUGUGGAGCUAGGUCAUGGUGAAGUGAAUAUCACAGGUGUAGAAGAGAAUACCCUGAUAGCUAGUCUGUGUGACCUCUUAGAAAGGAUAUGGAGCCAUGGUCUGCAAGUCAAACAGGAUAGAAGCUGUACUGCUUUCGUCUUAGAAGACAGAGCAUCAGUAUACUCUGCUUCAACUCAGAUUUGGGCCUUUCAGACCACCAGACGGCCAACCCUACAUAAGGGGAAGUCUGCUUUGUGGUCUCAUCUGCUACAUUACCUUGAAAACAGGCAGAGGAAAACAACAUCAGGCAGUUUCAGUACCUCAGGAAUACUUCUUGAUUCAGAAAGAAGAAAGUCGGAUACCAGUCCAGGCAUGUCACCUCUCAGGAUCUCUCUGGUCCAGGAUAUGAGGCAUAUCCAGAACAUCAGUGAAAUCAAAACAGACGUUGGCAAAGCCAGAGCCUGGGUUCGUCUCUCUAUGGAAAAGAAGUUGCUUUCUAGGCAUCUGAAACAGCUGCUUUCAGAUCAUGAACUCACAAAAAAACUCUACAAGCGUUACGCAUUCCUCCGCUGUGAUGAUGAGAAAGAACAAUUCUUAUAUCAUCUCCUGUCAUUCAAUGCUGUUGAUUACUUUUGCUUUACCAAUGUUUUCACAACAAUCCUGAUACCAUACCAUAUAUUGAUUGUUCCUAGCAAGAAACUCGGUGGCUCCAUGUUUACAGCCAAUCCUUGGAUAUGUAUCUCAGGAGAACUGGGUGAAACAGGAGUCUUGCAGAUUCCCAGGAAUAUAUUAGAAAUGACUUUUGAGUGCCAGAACUUGGGAAAACUGACCACGGUGCAAAUAGGACAUGAUAAUUCAGGGCUGUAUGCCAAGUGGCUAGUGGAGUAUGUUAUGGUCAGAAAUGAAAUAACAGGGCAUACUUACAAGUUUCCCUGUGGAAGGUGGCUUGGAAAAGGAAUGGAUGAUGGCAGCUUAGAGAGGAUCCUGGUGGGAGAGCUGCUGACAUCCAACACUGAGGUUGAUGAGCGGCAGUGUCGAACCCCUCCUUUGCAGCAGUCACCAAGCAUGAUCAGAAGAUUGGUCACUAUAUCACCAAACAAUAAGCCAAAGCUAAAUACUGGUCAGAUACAAGAAGCUAUUGGUGAAGCUGUCAAUGGCAUUGUUAAGCAUUUUCACAAGCCAGAGAAAGAGAGAGGCAGUCUGACACUCUUGCUGUGUGGAGAAAGUGGACUUGUUUCAGCUCUUGAGCAAGUAUUUCAACAUGGAUUUAAAUCACCCAGGCUCUUCAAAAACGUCUUUAUUUGGGACUUCUUAGAAAAAGCACAAACGUAUUAUGAGACCCUUGAACAGAAUGAAAUGGUCCCAGAAGAGAAUUGGCAGACAAGGGCCAGGAAUUUCUGUCGCUUUAUCACUGCUAUCAACAACACUCCUAGAAACAUUGGGAAGGAUGGCAAGUUUCAGAUGCUGGUGUGUCUUGGAGCCAGAGACCAUCUUUUACAUCACUGGAUCGCCCUGCUCGCAGACUGCCCGAUCACAGCACAGAUGUAUGAAGACAUAGCACUGAUUAAAGAUCAUACUCUAGUGAAUUCUUUGAUUCGAGUGCUGCAGACCUUGCAGGAGUUCAACAUCACGCUGGAGGCGUCUCUUGUCAAAGGAAUCGAUAUCUGGCCUCUUGUCCCACAAAAAAAACCAACAAAAACUGUUUAAAACACCACCACCAACAACAACAAAAAAGCAACAAGGAGUGGAUCUCGUUAGUAUGCAAAAGUUCUGUCUGCCAGUACAUUGUAUCGUGAACUUGUUCAUGGCCCUAAAAUGCAACUUGGACUUUUCUUGAAAGAAACUCCAAAAAUAGUACAGGCAAAUGGAUAGAAGCUGUAAACUCAAUGUAAAAAAGAGGAUUUUGGUAUAAAUCUAUUUUAGAGUUUAUUUGCUGAUUUGCUUUUUACACACUUUCAUGUGAAAGAGAUAGAGAUGAGUAUUGUGCAGCUUAUUUUAAAGCUGCAGUAUUUCCUUGCCAUAGAGAAGGUGCAGUGAGCCUUUCAGCAUUCUGUGAACUUGCCUUCAGAUAUGCUGUAUGUCAUAGAGCCCAAUGUAUACACUCCAUUUCUGCUGAGAAGGUCAUUCUAUAGUUUUUAAACUAAUAUUUUAUAUAUUAACAUUAUUACCAGUGUUUGAUUUUUAACGUGUUGGGUCACUGUUCUGCUGCAAGGGAACUACAAAUUCUCAUGUGUGCUUUUUAAUAGCUCUAAAGCACUGACUUGUCAACAGAUCACGUUUUCCUUUAUUUUUGUUAUCAGUAUUAUUUUUAGAGAAUUCCAGGAGACUGAACCAUGAAAUGUGCAGAGAUUGAAGUAAUAUUUUUCAUAUUGGUACACAAUUGCACAGAAGAAGUUUAGAAUGUUUUUAACUGAUGUUUUUUAUUUAUUUAACCUAUCGUUGUGUUGUAAGUUUGUCUUUAAAAAAAAAAAAAAAUCUAUGAUACAACUGGUUUUAUUAUGUUGCAAUUCAGAAUUUACAGUGCAGCCCACUUAAAUCAAAAACCUGGAAUAUGUGUUUGUGGUGCAAAAAAAUCUUUCCACUUGAACCAGCCUGUUGAAGCUUGGUAUGUAGUUGCUGCUGGUAAUUCUCUUUAACUGCUAAUAAAAAGGGACAUGGGUUUCAAGAAGGCUAGAUGAUGAAAGAAAGAUGCUUGUACCCCUGCAAAAUAAUAACCACAAUCCUUUUAAGAAAUGAACAUGCAUUAAUUCGUCUAAAAAGGCAGAGUAAUACAUUAUUUUCUUUCUCUGUUGUAUGGAUGUGUCUUCUCACAUCAGCUUCAUUUGGGAUGCUUUUGUUUUUAGCAGGAAAACUUAGUCCAGUUCUGUGAUAAAACAAACAUUUUGAAGGUUUAAUUUAUUGAAGAGCUGGAAAUUGGCAAAUGCCUAAAGGCAGUGCUGUUCAUUUGAAUCCUCUGAUAAAAAUCUCUUUGAAGUGAGUAUGUGAAUUAACAGGCUGAUUUAUCAGCACCACAAAUUACUGCACAGAAAUUCAGGGCUAUGUAUUUAAGAGGUCUCCAUUGUAUAAACUUCUUUCAGUACUGUCUCUUUCUGGAGAAGCAGAGUCCGAGUUUUUUGGAUCAUACAUUGUUGUAGUAGCUUUUCUUUACCUUCAGAUUAGUGACAUCUUGUGUUAGUUUUAUUUCCAUAAUUUAUAAGCAUAGCACAUAUAUUAAAUGUUUGAGUAUUUUUA